UGUUAGAGGAAGUGGCCAAAAAAAAAAAAAAAAGUUGUGUAUACUCGCCUGAUCGAGAGAAAGCCAACAUGAAAGACAGAUAGGGCGUGUUUUGCUGUGAUAAAACACAAGCAAUUCCCUCUAAGCAAAACUGGAACAACUUGUGAACUGCGAGCAGGAUUUCUUUUUAUCUUUUUCAGAUGCUGCUUUGAGAGUCAAAGCUGACAAAACGAGCAGUCAUGAACGAGAAUUUCGACCGAACUCCCGGAGCAGGGAGAACCCGUAAUCAUCCAGCGGACCCCGGGCUGCUGGGUGCCGCCGGGGAUGCCGGUGACACCAAAACAACGCUUUUCAACCAAAGGGAACCGUUGAGACAGCCGCGAACAUCCCCGCCUUUUUCCGACAACAUUAGCCCGAGCAACGACAUGGUUGGCACUGGCGGAGAUUGUAAAAGACAGAGCAAGCCACAACAAAGUGCAAAUGCCAACAGUACUUCUGUCUCCAGAGGAUGUAAUGAUGUGGAUUCCUUGGUCAAGACAUCAAAGCUUUCAGCCACUGCUCCAGAGUUUGUCCCCACUGGAAUUAACAUAUAUGAAGACCCCGGUUGUUACGAUGACUAUGAAGGCGAUUAUAGUGAACCUACCUUAGCUUCUAUGGUCACAGACUUCCUUGCCCACCUGAGCUCCUCACCUGGCUCCUUUGAGUCAGAUGUUGAAUACAUAACUGGAAUAUUCAAUUCCUGGGUUACCACUGAUGAGCUGUUACAGGAGCUGGUGGAGCUGAUCUACACAGAGUCCACUGCUAUUCCAAACUUCUCUUACACUGGUGCCAGGCUCUGUAACUACCUGUCCCAUCACCUCAAUGUCAGCCCACCAAGUGGUAACUUUCGUCAGUUGCUCCUGCAAAGAUGUCGAAAAGAAUUUGAACAGAGAGACGUAGCUGUUCGAGGAGACCCGGACACUCAGAAGAAAUUCCACUCCUUUGUACUCUUUCUAGGAGAGCUCUACCUUCACCUGGAGAUAAAGAGUAAAAAAGGACCUCCAAAUCGAGCUAAUAUCCUCCUCGAUGCUCUAAAAGACCUGAUGAUCAGUCUGCUCGCCAAUCCUGUGGAUUCAAACCUCAUCUGUGCUGUGAAACUGCUUAAGCUGACAGGUUCUGUCCUGGAUGAUGCGUGGAAAGAGAGUGGGAAAGCACACAUGGAGGAUCUGAUCCAAAGGAUAGAAACUAUUCUACUGGAUGCCACCUGCAACAGGGAUGUCAGACAAAUGCUUCUGAAACUAGUGGAGCUGAGAUCCAGUGACUGGGGCAGAGUCCGUGCUACAGCAGCCAGCAAUGCCACACCAGAAAAUGACCCCAACUACUUCAUGAAUGAACCUACAUUCUACACAGAAGACGGCACACCUUUCACCGCAGCAGACCCAGAAUAUGCUGAGAAAUACCAAGAGAUCCUGGACAGGCAGGACUAUUUCCAUGAUACAUGUGGAGACAAUGGAAAUGAAGAAUACGACUUUGAAGAUGAAAUGGAUCCUGAGAUAGAAGAAGCUUUUGAGAAUUUUUGUUUAGAAUCAGAGAGGAAACGACAGCAAUGACGUGAGAAUCUGUGAGACUCAACAGGCACAUACUGUACCUUUCCCACAACUUGCUGGAAUGUUGAAAAGCGAAGAAAACUAGCAGCAGAUAGGUUCAGACUUUUAUUUUACUGCAAACAAGCAUUUUAACAAAAAAAAGCUGUUCAUAGUUGCACUUCUGACACUUUUCUUUGGUCAGUGUUGAUUAGAAAAUGGGGACAAUCAACGGGAUAAUUGUUCGAAAUGUUGAGGUAUUAAGAUUUUCUUUGGACUUGGAGGUUCUCUCUUUGUUGUUUUUAAAUUCCUUCAGAAACUUCUUUUCUUGCGCCUAAACUAAAUGCCAAGAGGAAAAUAGUGUGCUGUGGAUUUAUUGCUGUGGAGUUAUUUUCCGAAUGGCAGAAAGUUUCAUCAAAUGUGUGAAUAAUUUGUUAAGUACUAAUUAAUGCCCCAUACAUAAAGUGCAGGCCAGAAGACUUCAAACAUUGUCAGAGAUGCGUAAUCUUUAUGUACGAUGCUCUGUAGAUGGAGGGGCUGGCUGUAGUAGUAGCAUACAGUGCAUAUACAGACUCAAGCUCCACUGUUGUCAAAAUCUGUCUUGUCAGGUUGCCAAUAUUUAACACUAUACACAAAGCUAUUCGCUCCUUGUAAAUCUGGUUGCAGUUCCCUUAAGUUCAACAACUCUAAAAGACUGUGCCGUUCAGAAGGAGCUUUAUAGCACAAAACAGAUACUUCAAUUUAGUCACAAACUGGAAUAUGUGAAUAUAGACGAAACAUUUUAUUUAAUUCCUUUAGGGGGUUAUAGUAAUGAGAAAAUGAUUCAAAAUUCUGAGAAUGCAGUGCAUCUAAAUCCUGUUUAUUUCCUGAAUGUAGCUUUAAAUAUCUACACAUCUUGCAGUUUGCAACAGUCUGUGUGAUAUACAGUACCAGGCAAAAAAUUUGGACCCACUUCCCAUUUGCUUGAAUGAGAAAGUGUGUCCAAACUCUUGACUGGUACUGUAAAUCAACUGCAAGACGGAUUCAAGACUGAAAGACUGUUAACCAGCAAUCUAUGGAACCCAUAAAAAGGAAUGUUGUUUUAUAGUUUGUACAUAUUAUUAUUUAUAGUAUUGUUUGCCUGCAAUAAAUUCUUUAUAAUGUGA